AUGCCUAUUCCGCUCGACGCUCCGGUAUUAAUGGUUGAUGUGGCCUCUAUACACCUUGUCGAUACGCGAAAUGUGGAAAGCCUACAUAGUAUGUGGACAGUAUUUUCUCGCUGUGCCCAAUCGCUUGAAGAUGGUAGAAGAUUAGAAAAUCUAAGUUGGAGACUCUGGAAUCAGGAAACAUUUUGCCGGGAAUCUACUGCCGAUAUGGUUAAGAUGGUCGCCGCCACUACUACACAUAGCAGCGAAGUUACUUCCCCGACGCCGCGACACAUCACCUCCACUAACCUCGAGAAAAUGGUGAUGACAAUCAAGGAAAGAAAGAGUAUUCAGCCGCUUUCAUUCAAACCAAAACCUAUCAUUGCCCCGCCAACCCCAGCAAAAUCUCCUCAACUUGUUGUCCCUCCUCACAGACCAACAAUCGAAAAAAGCAGCCACAGCACAACGAGUGUGGUUCGAGGCUUCUCUCCAGUUAUGAUAAAAUCGCCUUCUCACUACAUCUCGGGUCCAUCGUCUAUCCCUACGGCCGAUAUAUCUGCAGCUGCUCCCAGUCAGGCAAGCCAGCAGAAAAAAAGAACGAUUUUCGCGUUGGGAGGAUCUUCUGGCGAUGAUUCAUGCGAGCCGAUCCUCUCAACCAGGGAUCUAACAUUAGAACAACCCUCGCAAGGACAACAGAAAAAGAAGAACGCCGUCUUUAGCUUUGGAAGCUCGUCGCACGAGGACGAAGGACCCUUGAUGCCAGUGCAGGAAGACGCAUUACCAAAAAUCCCAUCAAUCCGGAAAUCUACUACCUUUCAGGAGGAGGUCGCACGUCGCACCAUUCGUGAGGAGACUCUGGAUGAUAAUGUUUUUGAGUCAGAUGAUGACUUGGAUGAAAGCGCUAUUGAUGACGAAGAUGAUUCAUCUGAUUGGGAAGAUUCAGUGGAGGGAAGUGGUGAGGCGAGCGCAGACGAAAAGAACCUAUUCCGCCGCGUUGACUCUAGGCCAAAUCUCACCAGUCGUCGCUCCUUAAUUACUACCAUGCUUCAUCAGCAUGAUAGAAGAGAAGGCCUGGUAAACGCAGCUAUAAACUCGAACUCGAAAUCGUCAUCCACUCUACACCAUGGUCAAUCCGAAACUACACGUAUAUCCCCUCUAGCAGCGUCACCAGAUCAAGCACUUCGAGCUAUAGCUGAAGUUCCCCGAUCCAUGGCACGACCGAUUGUCCGCCCGCCAAACCACCCCCAACAACUUGCUCUUUCGCCUCGUACCACCCGUCGUAACAUGCUUGCCUCUGAACUAACAGUUAGCCUCAGGCAACAUCUAUUAUGGGAACGAAAGCAAAAGUCUCAGACUGCUAACGCCGUCCUCAAACGUCGUCAUACGGCUCAGGAUGUAGUGCAAUUGAGACAGUUUCCGGAAGCCGUCUGCUUUGGUCCCGACGAAGGCAAGGGUAGUUGGGACAGUGAGAUGUAUGGUGGUGGCCUUGGUGAAUACAAUUCCCGAGGAUGGUAG